CCUUGCGCGUCUUCUUUUCCCCUUCUUUUCUCCUCACCUAACCCCCAGCCCCAUCUUCUUCUCUCCCAAGCCAAGAAGGACAGCACGCCCCUUCUCCCUCACCACUUCCAGAUCCAGAAAACCUUCACAGCCCUCCAAUGGCUGCUCCAUUGGUGUUUCUUCUCUAGGCAAAAUCAAGGUGCCUCGUUCCUGAUUGCCUGGCAAGAAGGCAAAAAAGCAAGGCAAAAAGGUUGGCGAUGAUUGACCUAAAUGAGGAACCAGCUGAAAAUAAUGAUGAUCCUUUGUACUGUACACAACAUGCUACUGGAAAUGCAGAACUUGUGGCGGAAUCACCUAAUCCCCCUAUCAUACAAAGAGUGGAUGGUGCUGCUACAGAAGCAAUGGAGAGAGAUCGGCAAUCAAGUCAUGGGGGGCGUGCUCCGGGCAGUACACAAGUACCUACAGCUGUAGCAGCUGGGAGUGAUGCUCAUACCCUUGAUGGCACAGGUGCUGCAGGUGAUACCGGUGACACUGUUGGUAAUGGUUUGGGUGCUGAAAAUGAUGAUGAAGCUUGGUCACAGCCCAAGGAGCCUUACGUGGGCAUGAGGUUCGACACUUUGGAAGAUGCCAAGGUGCAUUACAAUGCAUAUUCCUUGCAGAUGGGGUUUUCAAUCAAAAUGAAUAGUUCAAGGAAGGAUAUGAAAACUGAGGAGUUGAUAAAACAACAGUUUGUUUGCAACAAGUUUCGAAAGCCUGGUGUUGAUGACGGAGGGGCAGAAAAGAUUCCCGUGCUAGAUGACAUUGUUGAACAAGCAAAAGAUGAUAAUGAAGAUGAGGCUAUUGUCUUUCUUGAUGAUGAUAGUAAGGGCAAAAAGAGCAGCAAGAAACGAAAAAGAGAUAAAAUUGUACAAACUGGUUGCAAAGCUAAGAUGAUUGUGAAGGUAAUAGAUGGCAGAUGGGAGGUGAUCUACUUUGUUAGCGAGCACAACCAUCUGUUGAUUGACAAACCAUGUUUGACUAAGUAUUUGCGAUCACACCAAGGGAUACCGCCAGAAGAAAGGGCCUUCCUUACUCACCUUCAUAACUGCAAUUUGACUACAGGUCGUAUGAUGCACAUCAUGUCAGAUUUCUAUGGGACAGAACUCAUUGUACCUUAUAGCACAAAACACAUUACAAACCUCAAAACGCUCUUGAACAAGGAUGAUACAAAAGAAGGGGAUAUGAUAGAGACAGUUGCUUACUUUAAAGAUCAGCAGAGAGAGGAUCCAGAAUUUUUUUACAAGAUAAAAUAUGAUGAGGAAGACAGGGUUGAGAAUAUUUUCUGGGUCGAUGGUGCAGCAAGGAAGGCGUACGUGGAAUCUUAUCAUGAUUGUAUCUCCUUUGACACAACAUAUAUGACUAACAUGUACAACAUGCCCUUUGCACCAUUCAUUGGGACUAACAGGCAUGGGCAGUCAUUCAUGUUGGGCUGUGGCUUUGUUAGGCAAGAGUUGGCGUCAAGCUUUGAUUGGCUAUUCGAAACCUUCCUUGAGGCAAUGCAUAAUGUAGUGCCCACCAACAUCAUAACCGACCAAGACAUCGCAAUGGCACAGUCAAUUAAAAAGAUCUUUCCUACAAGUGUGCACCGCUGUUGCCGCUGGCAUAUUAUGAAAAAGGCACAAGAAAAGCUUGGAGCAUUUCUGGGGCGAAACCCUGGCUUAUCCAAAGAUUUCAACACCUGUGUUGACUUUAGCUUGACGCCGGAAGAAUUUGAGGCAGGGUGGAGUGAGCUGAUGAUGAAGUAUGAGGCUAUGACCGACUCUCACUUCGAGAAUCUGUACAAGUACAGAGAGACAUGGGUACCCUGCUACUUCAAGCACCAAUUCUUCCCUUUCUUGCAGUCAACUCAACGCAGUGAGGGGUUCAAUGCUGUCCUUAAGCGAUAUGUGAACCCACACAAGUCCAUUUUAAACUUUGUGAAGCAAUAUCAGAAAAUCCAAACACACAUACUAGUCCGGGAGGGUUCAAAAGACUACAGGACAGCACAUUUACAGACUGAAAUGUGGUCGUCUUACCCAAUAGAGAAGCAGGCGUACAGAUCGUAUACUAGGGACUUGUACGAGAAGUUUCGUGAUGAGUUUCAGUUGACUACAAGGUACAAUGUGCGACCACAUGGUGAAAACUUGUAUGAGGUUUACCCCAAUCAAGAGUGGGUUGCCAAAUAUGGUUCUAGGGGCUAUUUUGUCACGGUCGAAGCUAGUGCUGGAGACUACAGGUGUGACUGCUGCAAGAUUGAGAGGGACGGCAUGCUUUGCUGCCAUAUCUUGAAAGUUUUCAACCAACUUGGUGUUGAUGAAAUCCUAGCGCAGUACAUACUUAGAAGAUGGACCCCUAUGGCAAUCCCCAACGCACCCCCUGCUGUCGAAGACCAACCUGAUGAGAUGCCACCACAGUCGAAGAAGGAACUCAGGCAUGCAAAUUUGAUGAUGGAUUUUGGUAGUCUUGCAAGGGUUGCUAGUGCAUCAGAUGUUGCAACGGAUAUUGUAAAAAAACAUAUGCGUGGUGCGCGUCAUGAAAUCAAAAAUCUCAACAUGUCAAAGAAGAAGAAAACGGCAGCACCAACAAGUGGGCCCUCUGGUGGUUCUGCGCCACCAUCAGCUGGUGGUUCUGCGCCACAACCGAGUAACUCUCAGGCAACUGGUGGCCCUGCGGUGCGUCCUGAAGGGCCUGUGGUGCGUCCUGGAUCUAGACAACAGCAACAUACUUCUGCGCCACCGCUAAGUAACACUCAGGCAACUAGUGACCCGGCGGUGCGUCCUGGCGAACUUGCACAAACCUCUUCUGGACCUAGGCAGCAGCGAUCUAGUUCUGCACCGCCGAGAAAAAAGGCACCAAAACUAGCUGGCAACUCUAUGAGUAAGGAUGGACACCAACAAACAGCGUUCAGGGCUGCAGUGAUGCAUAGUGGGACUGUACCACUACCCAGGAGUCCUCCCGCACAAAGCUGCUGGCCUGUACAACAACUGUCGGGAUAUGUGCCACUAAACAGUGGAGCAGCACCGCACAUUUCAAGGGGCUCAACAAUGACAAGUCCUGUGCAAGCGCUAAGAGGAGCUGUGCCACAACUUUUGAUGCAUACAACACUAGCAAGAGGUCCUGCACGACCUCCUAUGGGUCCUAGACCAGCAAUUUGGCCUGCACCACAAACUAUGGUGGCUAUACAACCACCGCGGGGGCCUUCCGCGGCAAACACAACCUAUGUGGCUAUUCCUGGACUGGCGCCAUCGCCUGCAUCAUCAGCAACAGUUGAUGGCAGGUAUGGACAGCACCCAGGUUCUUCAACUACACAAGAAGAAAAUGCCAAUGCAAUUCCAUCUCCUAUUGUGCAAGCUCCUGGUGGACAUGCGCACCAGCCGCUCAGUACGACAUCUCUACAUGCAGCUGUUGCUGCAGCACAAGGUACUACGAUGGUUGAACCAUAGUUUGGAAGACCUAGUACCACACUUGGCCCUAUAAUUCCUAGAGA